AUGUUUCUUUCCGCCUUUGCAACGCUUGCCGCCGGGGCAUUUGCCGUGGCUCCCGGCACUUCCAGCCUGCAGAACAUCUUGAAGAAUACCCACUCGAGCUAUGACUACGGAUACCCAACGGAUAUCACGAGGGAUCUUCUACCAAUCCCCGUGCAUUCCCACAAGUACGCGACCCUUGGACUUGCUGACUACUGGAGAGAAAGACCUUUCUAUACCGGCUUGUCAAAAGGUUGUACAUCUACCGAGGCGGAUGUUUGGCUAUAUAACGACACUCUCUAUGUGGGCCACGACGAGUCGUCGCUCACGUACGAACGCACAUUGGAAAACCUCUAUAUCAACCCCAUCCUGGAUGUCCUGGAGCGACAAAACCCCGACAGUCCUUUCCUGACAGGCCCAACAAAGAAUGGCGUCUGGGACACUGAUACCGCUCAAACACUCUACUUCUUCAUCGACGUGAAAACUUCCGGCCAUGAGACCUUUGAAGCUGUCAUCAAAGCCCUGGAGCCUCUGCGCCAGAAAGGCUAUCUGACCACAUUGAAGGACGGCGAAACGGUAGAGAGCGGACCGGUGACUAUUAUUGGGACAGGCGCAACUCCCCUCGACAUGGUGCUGCCCGUCAAGGAUCGGGAUUAUUUCUUCGACGCCCCUCUCGAUGCCCUGGCAGAUUCCGAAUAUGCCAAGGUCGAUUAUAGAGUUUCGCCCAUUGCCUCGACUGAUUUUGUCAAGGCUGUCGGUCAGGUGAACAUUGAUACUGAGCCCAUCCUUCGAGACGAGCAGCUCAAGGCGCUGCGCUCUCAGAUUUCGCUAGCGAAGGAGCGUGGGAUUGGUGCGAGAUACUGGAAUACCCCUAACUGGCCGGUUCGUCAGCGUAACCUCGUUUGGAGGACUCUUUUGCAGGAAGGAGUUGGGCUGCUUAAUGCCGAUGAUCUGGAUGCGGUGUCUUCUUUCUUCUGA